GGAGAAAAUAAAUUUAUUGACUCCCUUUGCCAAACCAUUCUACCGUUUGAGGAAUUACUUUGGAUUCUGAACCACCCAGAUAUUGAUAACAACUUGAAAACGCCUUUCUUGAAAUUCACACUUGGUGUCUAUGUUAAACCAACCCCAGAUGAGAAUGAGAGUGGCCUUUCAGAUAUCCAACAUCAUAAAAAAAUUUGGGACUUCCUUUCCACGACUGUUCAAACUGUCAAUGAGCUGUUUGACUCUGUCACCCGUUACCGAGAAAGGACCACUUCUUUGCUGAAAACUUAUCCAGACAAAAGUGCUAUUGCUGACAGCAGUGACACAAGAGGAAUGGUCCACGGCAAUCUCUACUAUGUACUGGAAGGUGUACUUCCCUUCUUGCAUGUGUUUUAUAUGUUAUACUACAUGCCUGACAAAACAUUAUUUCCAAGUGAAAUAACCAUCACAGAAAACCUUGCCAAAGGACUUGUGACGUUCUGUGAACUUAUCAGUCCAAUGCUCGUUAAACCAUUCCAUAUGAAAAAUGUAGUGUCGUCUUUAACAAGUGUCGUGUCAACAUCAAGUGUUUCAAAAACG